GGGUGGAGUUCUGCCCGCGUGGGGCUGAUGGGGAAAGAUGGAAUUUCUUGGAACCACUCAGACAGCAAGUUACUGUGGACCCAAGAAAGACUGUGGCUUGCAGGGGCUGCCCCCUGGUGGGCAGGCUCCUGUGGUACAGGAGUGCUACCAACCUUUUCAUCUGCCCGGGUACCGCUACCUGAAUGCGUGGAAACCCAGCGUCUUCUACAAAAUUGCCACCACCCAGACAUGCCCAGAAGAAUGCCAAGGCGCCCGGCGCCCGCCCACCAUCCUGCCCUCGCUCCGCUCCGCACUCUUCUGUCGCUACACACCACGCGACUGGGACCGCUCCAACGAGCUGCAACUCCGGGGCGCAGAGGCCUCGCGGCUCUGGGCCAGCCGACUGACCAGCGACUCCCUGCGGAUUAUGCAGGAUAAGGACCAGCUGACACGUCAGAUGCAGGAAGGGACCUCCCGGAACCUGGGCCAGAGGCUGUCAGACAUAGGCUUCUGGAAGUCCGAGCUGUGCUAUGAGCUGGACAGGCUUCUGACAGAGAACAACAGCAUGGACACCAUCAAGAGGCGCUUGGAGUGCGCAGCCCAAGAGGUGAACUGUCCCCUGCAGGUGGCCCUGGAGUGUCUGUACAAUCGGGAGAAAAGGAUUGGGAUUGACCUGGUCCAUGACAGCGUGGAGAAAAACCUUAUUCGGGAAGUGGAUUUACUAAAAUGUUGCCAAGAUCAGAUGAGAAAAUUAGCUAAACGAAUCGAUUUCCAGAUGCGGGAUAACCGAGAUGCUCAACAUGCCCUAGAGCGGGACAUCGAGGACAAGAGCUCAGCCCAGUGUAUUGACGAGAGGUGCUUCAAUCUCAGAAACACAUCCGACAGCAUCAGCUUCUUCCAUGGCAUGGAGAAGUUUGAUGGAACGGUCUCUGUUCCUGAAACUUGGGCCAAGUUCAGCAAUGACAACAUCAGACACUCUCAGAACAUGCGGGCCAACUCCAUCCGUCUUCGAGAGGAGGCAGAACACCUGUUUGAGACCUUGUCGGACCAGAUGUGGAGGCAAUUCACCAACACCAACCUGGCCUUCAAUGCUCGUAUCUCUGAGGAGACAGAUGUGAAGAACAAGCUACAGACACAGCUCGCUAAGAUACUGCAGGAGAUCUUCCAGGCAGAGAACACCAUCAUGUUGUUGGAGAGGGCCAUCAUGGCCAAGGAGUGCCCACUGAAGGUGGCCCAGACCAGGCUGGCAUGCAGGACCCGACGGCCCAACGUGGAGCUCUGCAGGGACAUACCACAGUUCAAGCUCGUGAAUGAGGUCUUCACCAUAGACGACACCCUACAGACUCUCAAGCUGAGGCUUCGGGAGACGCAAGACACGCUACAGCUGCUGGUGAUGACCAAGUCCCGGCUGGAGCACGAGCUGGCCAUCAAGGCCAACACCUUAUGCAUCGACAAGGAGAAAUGCAUGCGCAUGCGCAAGACCUUCCCCAGCACGCCCCGCCUGGUGGGCUACACCUGCACAGGCCCUUGCGCCAGCCUCGCCCCCUGUGGCAGCCCCGCACCCUGCGGCGGGUCCUCCUCUUGCGGAGGCGCAGCACAUUGUGGAGGCCCCGCCUCCUGUUGUGGCCCCGCCUCGUGCAGUGGUUCCGCCCCAUGUGGAGGCACCCCCAGCGGUUCUGCACCCUGUUCCUGCCCAGGCUCCUGCUCUGCGCAGGUGUGUUAAAUGGCAUAACGUUGGAAAAAAGCUGAAAAAGAAAAUAGUGGUUUUCUCCCUUUCCUGUCUUCAUGAAAACGUGAAGAUACAGAACCGAAGUAAAUCAAAGCUCUUUGAGCUAGUUCCCGGUGGUUAAGGCUUUGUGGGAGGUCCUGGGAGAUUGGAUGCGAUUCCUUAAGGACCGAGCCUGGAACUUUGGGGGCAUCCUCAGGAAUGCAGGAGACAUCCUUCUUCCUCCCUCUUCUCUCCUUUGUUCCCUUCUGUGUCCUUCCUCUCCUCACUAUUUAGAAUUCAGAAUAUGAGCUGGGAAUCAAUCAGACUCGGUCCUUAAAAUCAGACUUCUCUGAUUAGCAUGCUUAAGGUACCGGGUCCAUUUCCCAGUAGUUUCAGAUUAUAUAGCCGAGUGCAACAGUAACAGAGUUGGGCAGAGGAGAUGGAUGGCUCACCUUGCUGCACAAGCCUGACGCCCUGAGCUAGAUCGCCAGGACUGUCGUUAAGAACCUAGAAGAGGCAGUGCCACAGAUCUCGCUGUGUAGCCUGGGCUGGUCUUUAACUUACAGAUUCUCCUGCCUGUGCCUUGCAGUGCUGAGAUUAAAGGCUGGGCCACCACA